CCACUUCAAGACAGAAAGGAGAAUGCCUUGUUCCCCUAGAACGGCGGUAUCAUGUUAAAUCCAGGCGGUAUGAUUGAUUUAAUGUUUUACGGACAAAUUUCUGGGUAGCUCCCCAAGUUUUUCGUCGUCCACAGUUUGGAGGAUACAAAUUCCACAUUACCUAUAAUGUUCCGCUCUUGUUCAGCAAUGAGAGAAAGAAGUUCGCUGUGAGAGAGAAAUGCAAAUCAGGUUAAUUGGGCUUGUUUUUCUCUACAUUGAUGGUCCUUCUUGGCUGAAGAAGAGAUGCUACUGCCAUAUGCUAAUUUUCAGCUGGCAGUUAGCUCCAUCCUUCCUAUAGAAGCUAGAUUGGAACUGCUACUAUUUCUGAGGAAGGUUCCGAAAUUCUACCUGCAAUACAUGUGCAAUGAUGUGAUCCUGUGUGUCCAGAAGUAAAGAAUAAAUCUGAAUCUCUGUAGAGUAGGUUUAAUCUAUUUAUAUGUUCUGCUCAUUGAUGGGAUCAUAUCUACCACAAGGAUGAGUAGGCAAGCUGCUAAUUCAAGUUUUGGGCUCAUUUUAUGGCAAUGCUGAACACCUUUGGUUGACAAUACCAUGGAUAUAUCUUGGUUGCAGAUUGAAUAUGCCAGAAUUCUUGAAGGGUACACAUGGAAGGAGAAUUCCAUAGGUCUUUCUGGCAUGUUUUCAGAAGUUCAUAUUCAACAAGGCAGUUGAAUAUUUUAUGGAUUGAUACCAAAUUGUCAUAGUGGGUUCUGGUUAUCUUUGACAAGGAAAUUUAUAAUCUCAACAACGGAUUGAUCAGAUUUUAUAUUAGUUGGGCACUUUUUUGGAUUUUCGUCCCGUCUUGUCAACACCUUAAUGACUGAAGCUUGAGCGUGUUAUAAACGAAAGAUGGCAUUAUUACCAAAGUUGCGUUGCAUCACUGUAGAUGUCACUGGCACAUUGAUAGCUUAUAAAGGGGAUCUUGGAGAUUACUAUUGUUUGGCUGCAAAAUCUGUGGGCUUGCCUUGCCCCGAUUAUCAGCGUAUGCAUGCAGGUUUCAAAGUAGCAUAUACUAAUAUGGCAAAACAGUAUCCAUGUUUUGGACAUGCUGCAAAGAUGCCUAACAUAACGUGGUGGAAAACAUGUGUUAAAGAUUCUUUUGAGAAGGCUGGGUAUAAAUAUGAUGGCGAAACUUUUGAGAAGGUGUUUAAACGCAUCUAUGCUGUUUUUGGUUCUUCUGCACCCUACACUUGUUUCUCAGAUUCACAGCCCUUCUUGAGAUGGGCUCGCGAGAAAGGACUUCUUGUGGGGAUUGUGAGCAAUGCAGAAUAUCGUUAUAAGGAUGUCAUCCUUCCCGCCCUCGGCAUUAAUCAGGGGUCAGAGUGGGACUUUGGGGUGUUCUCUGGUCUUGAGGGUGUGGAAAAGCCUAACCCCAGAAUCUAUGAGAUAGCCCUCGAAAAGACUGGCAACAUUCCUGCAAAUCAAGUAAUGCAUAUAGGUGAUAGCAUGCGCAAAGAUUACGUACCAGCCACAAGCAUAGGGAUGCAUGGCUUGCUCUUGGACAGAUUUAACACGCCCGACGCACCCUCUUGGAGGAAAAGUGGGGCACCAGUAUUGCCUGAUUUGCAUUCUGCAAAGGAUUGGAUUCAACAAAACUUUUCUAUUCAAUGAUUUCACAAGGAAGCCUUAGCUGAAUGGACUGUAGGUUUGCAAUUUCCUUUUAUUAAAAGAAAUUACAAGUGUUUUCUAACACUUUCACCCAGUUUUUCAAUUUCGGAUGAUAAGAUCAAGUAAAAUUUUGAUUUAUUUACCACCAUUAUGGAUAAUAUUCCAAAAUCAGAUAAAUUACAGCAUUCUUAUCAUUUCGUUAGAAAUUUAUAAUCGCAACCUUCUUGUCA